CUAUGCUUAACUUUUCCUUCCCUUCUACUUUUCAGAGGAAAAGGUCUUGUUAUUGACGCGUAUUCAAUUUGGUUCCAUUCGGGUCGACUAACCAAAACAAGUGAGUAUAAAUCGAAAUUUUAAUAGCUCCAUUAUUCAUGGUAGACUGAACUCUUUAAGUAAACUGUUCGCAUUCAAUCUAUUUUUUGAACGGAGAGAAAGAAACCGCGGGAAUUUGCAUCUUAAUGUCGACCAAAAUAACUAACUAUACUUUUAACUCUAAAGUCAUGUAGUUAAAGACUAGUCAAAACCAGUUGUAGAUAACAACGCUGUUGUGACUAAACCCAAAAAGUGUGCGCACGAUUGUGAAGCCAUUUUAAAACCUCAUGCUCAUGUGUCUCAUCAGGGUUACCAAGGUAGAUGUUUAGUCACUUAGUAGGCCUGAUUUGCUGUUUUUCAUCUCGCAUCCCACCUCUGAAACCUAUCAAUAUAAAAUUUUAUUCCUGGUUGAAAUGUGCACAUUCUGCACGUGGAGUAGCAAAGAUAUUUUCAUCCCGUAUCCCGUAUCUGCACAUCCGGCCUGGAUAUUCGGCUUUUCUCGCAUCCAGCCAAACUUAUAUUUCGACGCUUCAAAAACUUCCAAAUACAACUUCCGUGCAUGACGUUUUGGGUUAAUCAGUGUUUUCUCGAAGUAUCUAGAACCCCUCAAGCGAUUUUCGUAGUUUCACUUUCAAUAACAAGUUCCGCCGUGGUAAGUACAGGUCUAGCUAACUUUGCAUCGUCUGUUUUCUCCCUUUACCUGUAAUAAUAAUAUAUAGCUCGAUUAUAAUACUGAGCCAUAACAUUCAGACAAUCAUAAAGUGAUGAUUGAUUGCAAACUGCACCGUUUGCUUUUACAUAGCGUAGUUUUUGGCUCUGUCAGAUCUUAUGUCUUUGCCAUGGAAAACGAAAGUUUGAAAUCGAUCAAUUCGUACAAAGCAUACGCUAUAAAGUAAAAACGAAUUUAAAAUUAAUUCACGGUCUUUCAUAUUUUAAAACAGAGCGAUGGCAAAAGUAGUUUUCAUUAGUUGUCUUAUUCCUGCUCUUCAAAACAAGUCAGUCUUUCCAUGAGAGGAACCGGCGUGGAAAGUAAAUUCUAUUAAUAAGCCAACACAGAGUUAAAUAGUAAACUGGAGUGGUUUUUAAGCAAACAGAGAUGCCAACAUUGAUAUGGGAAGGUCCAGGACUGUGAACAAUCUUUCCACAGUGUAUUAAUUACAUAGCCGAUAGUUUCUGUUGGUUAAUCUAUCAGACAGAACUGAGUUAACACCUAUUAUUAUUCAUUCAAAAUAUUUCCCCUAUUCUGAUUGGCUAAAAGCACACGUUUAAUUCACCAUAACCAGUUACUGAUGACCAAAUUUGGAAGAAAUUUGACUUUAACGAGGAAAUGACGUUAAAAAUGCAGCGUUUUGGCAGGUUAAGGCACCGUUAACCGAGAAGACCUGGGGACGAGGUUGAGUUGUUUUGGUUGUGAACUUGAAAAAAUGGCGGACAUUUCACUCGCUUCAAGAGUAAGAACUAGGCGAAAAAAAUAGCUAAAAACAUGGCAAGAACAGCAAGAAGACAACUCGAAGGGCGACACCUGCUAUCUGGAGAAUAUUUGCGCAGCUGGACAAACCUAAACGUACCCUGUAGAAGAUGAACUGAACAUCGAUGGAUCGAUAGAGGUAAGAAUGUUUCAGCUAUGUUUUUAAACUAGGAAUUAUUUUGAAUGAAUAAUAAAACAGUUAUUGAAUUCGGCUUUCGUAUCAUAUGAAGAAUUAUGGAGAUCUCGUAGGGUAUUAUCCGCCUCGGCCUAUGGUCUCGACGGAUAACACCCUCCUCGAUCUCCAUAAUUCUUCAUAAGAUACUGCGCCUCAUUCAUUAACUGUUAAUUGUGUGUUAUUCACUGUUAAGCCAAAGAACGAACACCAACAUACAAGAAUUGAAAGAAUUUUUUCUAGCUAGAAAACCAUUUUACUGAAUAUUAGCUUUGUUAAAAAACUCAAAACACUUUAAAACUACUAGCUUUACCGUCGAUAUUCAACAAAGUACGGGAAUAGAAAAAUGUAACUUACAUUCGAAGUUUUGCUCAACGUUUGAAACUUAUUUUUAAGGUCAUUCCAAUGAAAUAGAACCUACACUGAGAUUUUUGUCAAACUUUGCCCAUUGAUUAUAUAUAUUAUAGGGACUUAAAUUUGGAAAUAAAAAUGAGGGGUCUCCAUGCUCGGUUAGGAGCAACAGCACCCUGUUUAUACCAUAUAAAUCCUUAUAAUAGCACCAUGAUUACUUGCUAAAUUCACGGUUUCGGAAAUUGUUUCUUGCUCAACACUGAGAAUUAGCCCAUAUUUAUUUUAUAUAGAGAAGUUUAUUACUCAAUUCAAAACAACAGAAAAAAAACUGAUAGGUCACCGUGCUCGUUUUCGAGAAGAUGACGAUUUACCUCUAUGGCGAAGUCCAGCUGAAAAGAAAAAGCCGCCAUUUCUUAAUGCGCGCGCGCUAAUCACACUUAAAAUUAUGCGCAGUAGGGAUGCGCAAUGCAAAACUGGGGAAUGACCUUAAUUUUAAUUUGUUUUGACUUCUUAUUGGACCUCCUAUUGUCUUGUAGGGAAAGCUUCCUCAGUGUUGUUUCAGUUUCUAUCUCUUUGGGUUCCACUUUAUGAGAAGACUGACAAACUAAACACGGUAAGUUUAUCAACUGUAAGCUAUUUGUGACUAAUAGCGUGGAUGUACACAAGAUCUAGAGUUUACACUGGAAGAGUUUUCAUGAAUCGCGUGACUGAUGUUCUUCCUGCUGUAAGCGCCAUCAGUGAGUCACGCGAGAAUAAGUCAGACCAAUGAUUGCCUAGAAGCACCAUUUUGUAUGGUAGCAAAUCGCUUAACGUUCCCUUUUUGCUUACUUUUCAGAGGAAAAGGUCUUGUUAUUGUGCGUAUUGGUUUUGGUUUCUCUCCGGU